AUGGUCGACUCGGGGUACAGUCACGUUGACCCGCUCCCAGAGCCAGGGACGGAGUACGACGUGGGCGUGCGCUGCGUGCUGAUCGACCCGCACCUGAAGAAUGGCGACGGCUCCAAGGCUGCCGUGACGAUGCCUCGCUCGUUUGAGAUGCUCGAGCGGGUCGGCGUCGGCACCGCCAUCGCCGACGUUGGCCGCCCGGCGGGCCUAGCCCGGCUGGGCUCUAACGGGGGCUGGCUGGGCAAGAUCACCGGCUUCACUUCCGCGAGACUGAGCCAGUAUGUGCCCACUGCCGUCGGCCAGAACAUAGUCGAGGCGCACCUCUGCGCGCGCUACCUCGAGCUGGGAGGGAAGAUCCUGCGGGCGGCACGCGUGACGGGCGUCAGCGAAGACGACACCGCCGCCGAUGAAAGCGGCCGAUGUACCGUGGCCGUCGAGCGGUAUGUGUACGUUCGUCCACCCGCCCAGGCCCCGCCGCUGCCGCCCGCGCUGGCCGCUCUCACGAGCACUUCGCUCAGCGCGCGGUUCGCGGUCGGCGCGGACGGCAAGCAGUCCAUGGUGCGGGAGAGCCUCGGCCUGGGGUACGAGGGGCACGAGUACGCGCAGAGCUUCUUCCUCGCCGACGUCGAGCUCGAGGAGGGCGUGGCCGAGGCGACGGGCUGGGAGAGGGGCUUGCACGCG